GCCAAAUAACUAUCUAUCUACUUGCUCGACCCCGGUGGUUUUGUUUCGAGGGAUUGAGUGAGAGUUUCCUCCGGACUGUAUUCUUUUUCUUUCUUUGUGGUCCGUUGAGUAUAGAUAUCUCCCAUAACGAUGGCGCAAAACGCCGUGGGAAGGCUCUUCCGCAGCCAGAAUUCCACUACUCUGCGUCAAUCCAUCGGGUCGCUCACACAGACGCGCAAUGCUUCGAGAAAUGCUAUCCCUACCUUCCAACAAACCUCGUCCCCGGAGCUGGACCAAGCCCUCACCCGGUUCCGCGAAGAGCUCUUCAUACCCUUCGGUCUAGGCCAGGACCAACGACGUCUCAUGUUUCGGCAGAAAUACGCCGACAGACUGGAGCAAGAGCCAGUGACGGCCAACAUAAGCGAGGACGAAGACUUCCUCCUGCGCCCGAUGGACCCGCAAUCACGACCGACGCUCAAAGAAGCCGCGGAGGUAAUCAGCCUGAUGCAGAGCAAGGAGGAUUGGAAGAACCUGGUGCCGUUCCUGUCGGGACUUCAGAUGGCCAAGCGGCAUUUGAAGCCUAGCCGGAUGGAGUGGCUUGUGCGGAAGGCGGGCGAACACAAUGCGCUGAACUUUGUGGUGGAGUGCGCGAAGCAGGCGGACAGGACGGGCGUGAAGCUGAAUGAGGUCGGGAUUGUGCAGCGGUUGUUCUUUGAGCUGCAUCGCAAGGCUCAGAAGGCGGAGUUCCAGGGCCAGGAGGUCACGAAGGCUCUCAAUAUGGCGACGCAGUUGGUUGGGUUGAUGGAGCGGCCGGCACAUGCUCAGCAUGAUUUGAUGGCUGAUCCGAAGAGAAAGCCGUUUGUAUCUGGCACACUGUUGGAGUUGAGUGCUGCUAGGGCGCUGAGUGAGUUCGAGGGUAAGGAUCAGGGUGGUCUGGUGCGCAUCUACAGUAGUCGGGUGCUGGGAUGCUGGAAGAUGGGUAACUUUGCUAGUGAUGUUCAGGAUUGGCGCGCUGUGGAUAAGAUGCUGCAGGAGAAUGUGCCGAUCUAUAACGGCAUGAAGCUUGCGCUGAAGGUGCAGGGCAUUGCCAAUGACAAGGCUGUUGCUCCGGGCUUGAAGAACCGCCUCAACGAGCUGGGUCAGUGGAUCGCCAAGCAGAAGAAGAGCGCUCCUGAGGAGAUUCAGAAGAACCCUUCGCUGGGUCUGGCGCAGGCUCAGCUCUUGCAUGAGAACUAGAGCCGGUGUCUUGCUACAUUUUGCCAUUUCAGCUGAUUCUAUCUUUACUGUAUAUUACCAUUUUGGAUCGUUCGGAGCUGUAUCUGUAUCUGAAGAUAGAUGCCAUUUCCUUUCAUUCUUUCUGAGACAAACUAAGCUGUGCUUGCUAAGGU